UCCUUUAAUUUGGAUCAGUGUUAUUUAGUUUGUUUUUUAUGAAAAAUAUUUUCAUGAUUUUUUUUGUGUGUUUGAUAACGCGAAAUUUGUUUCCAGAAUUUGUGAAAAUACUUCAGAUUUUUCUUAUUACACACUUUGUGUGAGAAUGAAUCUAAUAGUUUUGGUUUGCAUUUCGUACAUCAUUGUGGUUUCGUCGGGUACGUUAAAGAUAAACUGUGAAAAAAGAAUAUCAUCAAGGAGCAGUGAAAAGUUAAAAGAAGUGACAAAUCUUGGUACAUCCGUAUUAAAGUUUGAUGGUGAUUCAGCUGCUUUUCCGAGAAAAAAAAGAACUUUGAAGGAAAAAAUGAAAUUUUUUGAACUUCCUCAGCAAUACGAUAAGCUAGUCACUUUAAAGAUGGGUAAACGCGAUAUUUUCAAUAUAAAAGACCUAUUAAAAGCUGCUCUCAUAAAUUCAUCUCAAAAGACAAGGGAUGUGAUUCUUGGUUUGCUUCAGAAACCUACAGCGUGGUUGCUUGCUAAUGCACGAGAAAUUGUUAAACUAAUUGGAGAAAAGGUUGACGACGAGAGCUCAUUUGAAGACGGUACAGAAUCUACUGAAACACUUAUUGCUGAUAUAAUUCAUAUGUACAACGAGUAAAAUAUUUUUGCUUAUAAAACAUGUUAUUUUCAAA